AUGAGAAAUGGCACAGAUGAACACCUGAGAGCAGGUGGGACCACUCUCCCAGAGUUCACACCAGCUCCCCCUCCCUCCUGUGCACAGGCUAGCUCACACACACUGCCUACGCAGGUAAGAACCGAUUUUUGCUGUUUAAAGUGUAAUGCCCCUAAAUUUCAAGUUUAUGUAUAUGUGCACCCGUGUCCAACUCUUUGUUACCCUAUGGAGUGUAGCCCGCCAGGUUCCUCUGUCCAUGGGGAUUCUCCAGGCAAGAAUACUGGAGUGGGUUGCCAUGCCCUCCUCCAGGGGAUAUUCUUGACCCAGGAAUUUAACCCAAGUCUCCUGCAUUGCAGGCGGAUUCGUUACCUGCUGAGCCACAUGUGGAAGGCUUCUAGCCUUAUAUGUGUGUGUGUGUGUGUAUACAUACAUACAUAUAUAUAUAUGGAAAAAACUAACUUCAAAAUGGAAACAGUCAUAAAGUCAAAACUAGUAACAGCUUAA